AUGAGGUUAAUACCGCUUCUCGCCUGUCUCGUCGCCUUUCUGGCGCCGAUGGUGUCUGCCGUCAAGCUCCUCGAGUCGAACGCGCUAAACGUCUGCAUGCAAAGUAGCAACUUCACUGCGAAAUACUUCAGCGUCAAAUUUUACCCCGGCAACAGCUCUCUCGAAGUUGGGUUCAAUGGCGUGUCAUACAUUAAUGGCAAGGUCAUCGCGGACGUCACCAUCCUUGCGUAUGGCAAGCAAGCGUACCAGCAGACGAUCAACCCCUGCUUAUACAAGGGCUGGGGAAUGUGUCCGAUGUCUCCGGGUCCGAUGGAUAUUGGACCGGUUCCGCUCGACUUGGACAAGAACACCAUUCAGUCGAUUCCAGGCAUCGCCUACACAAUCCCUGAUCUCGACGCGAAAGUGAGAAUUGUCAUUACAAAGGCCGACACGAAGGAAAAGAUUGCUUGUGUCGAAGCUCAGCUUUCCAAUGGCAAAACAGUCUACCAGGUCGGGGUCGCGUGGGUCACUGCACUCAUCUCUGGUCUAGGCCUAACCGCAUCCGCAAUUACCUCGGGGCUUGGCCAUUCUAACACUGCGGCCCACGUUGCGGCGAACGCGCUCUCCCUGUUUGGAUUCAUGCAGUCCCAGGCUAUGAUCGGAAUGACUUCGGUUCAUAUGCCUCCAAUUGUUCAAUCCUGGACGCAAAACUUCCAAUGGAGUAUGGGUAUUAUUCGUGUCGGCUUUCUCCAAACAAUCGCCACCUGGUAUCAGCGUGCGACGGGUGGAACUCCCUCGACGAUGUUGUCUCAGCUCGAUGACACCUCGGUAGAGGUUCUUAAGCGCAAGCGAGACCUGAUUGCCCCCGCGGUCAACUUGAUCAAAAGAGCCGCUGAGCCUCUCAUGAAACGGCAAGACAACGAUGGCAAGUCCAACCAAAAACUUUUCGUCGUUCGCGGUAUCGAGCGUGUCGGAUUCCGUGCGGCCAUUGAGGAGACAAACAUCUUUUUGACUGGCCUUAUCUUCUUCCUCGUCUUUGUCUGCUUUGUGAUCAUGAUCGUAGCCGCCUUCAAGGGUAUCUGCGAAUUGCUCGUUAAGCACGGCAAGAUGAAGAGUGACAAGUUCCAAGACUUCCGCAACGGAUGGAGGGUUGUCACUCGAGGAAUUUUGUUCCGACUGACCCUGAUCGGUUUCCCCCAAAUGUGUGUCCUCUGUCUCUGGGAGCUCACUCAGCGUGAUUCCCCUGCCGAGAUCCUUUUGGCUAUUGUCAUGUUCCUCUCUCUGCUUCUCGCACUCGGCUGGGCGGCGCAAAAGGUGAUCCGACUGGCCAAGCGUUCUGUCACCAUGCACAAGAACCCGGCAUAUAUUCUCUACUCCGAUCCUUCGUGUCUGAACAAGUGGGGAUUUCUCUAUGUGCAAUACCGGGCCACGGCAUACUAUUUCGUCGUUCCGGUCCUGGCCUAUGUCCUCAUCAAGGGCAUGUUCAUUGGUCUGGCCCAGCCCGCUCCGGUUGUUCAGACCGUGGCCUUGGUGAUUCUUGAUGCAGCCAUGCUGGUUGCUGUAUGUGUUCUCCGUCCGUGGAUGGACAAGAAGACCAACAUCUACAACAUUUCCAUCGCUGUGAUCAACUUCAUCAACACUAUUUUCCUGCUGGUCUUCUCGGAUGUUUUCAACCCACCCGGAAUGAUGGUCGCCAUCAUGGGUUUCUUGUUCUUUGUCUACAAUGCCGCCUUUGCUCUUGUUCUUCUGAUUCUCGUCUUGAUCGCCUCCAUCUAUGCUGUCGUGUCGAAGAACCCGGACACCCGGUACCAGCCGAUGCGAGACGACCGCGGCUCCUUCAUCAAGUCGCAAACUCAGCUGACGACCGAGUUGGAUGCUUUGGGUGCUACGGCGCGUGGUGAUGACAAGGCUGGCGCAGGUCACUACAACAACAACAACCCGUUCGAUGAUGACUCUGCUUCUAUCUCCAGUGGUAACGGCGCCACCGUCGGCCAACCGCACCAUUUGGACACGGGCAAUGCCAACAGCCAUUCUGCCCGCAACCAGCCCCCGCCAUCACCGGUUGACCCAUCCGUGCCGCUGUUCCCCACUGGCGCCUCGGGUCACCGGGGUCCUCCGCCGGGUUACGACCACUUCGGUCGGUCUCCCUCGCCAGCGGCCCGAAGCUACGACAAUGCUCCAGUGGGGCAAUCCGCUUUGGCUACCAACUACCGCGCACAAAACAAUGCCAGUCCAUGGCAACGGGGAGCUGGUUAUGACCACUGA